AUUUCCCACACGAGCCCUAUGCGACCCCCCACGACGGGAUCGGAGACGAUGGCGGAGGAGAGCGACGCGGCGGACGGCGGGGUGGCGGUGCAGCUGAUCGACGGCGAGGGCGAGUUCGCGGGCGAGGGGGCCGAGCGGUUCAUGGCGGCCGCCGGCGUCGCCGGAUGCGGGCUCUCCUACGCCGUCGUCUCCAUCAUGGGGCCGCAGAGCAGCGGAAAGAGUACCUUGUUGAACCAACUAUUUGGAACCAAUUUUAGGGAGAUGGAUGCAUUCAGGGGAAGGAGCCAAACUACAAAAGGCAUCUGGAUAGCACGCUGUGUUGGUGUUGAGCCUUGUACUGUUGUAUUGGAUCUGGAAGGUACUGAUGGAAGAGAGAGAGGAGAGGAUGACACUGCAUUUGAGAAGCAAAGUUCGUUAUUUGCUCUUGCAAUUUCCGAUAUAGUUCUCAUUAAUAUGUGGUGCCAUGAUAUUGGCCGUGAGCAAGCUGCCAAUAAACCACUUCUAAAGACAGUAUUUCAGGUCAUGAUGCGUUUGUUCAGUCCUCGGAAGACAACACUACUAUUUGUUAUACGUGAUAAAACCAGGACUCCACUUGAACAUCUUGAGCCAGUUCUAAGGGAGGAUAUUCAAAAGAUAUGGAACUCGGUUGCCAAGCCAGAGGCACACAAAGACACCCCUAUCAGUGAAUUUUUCAAUGUGCAAGUUACUGCAUUGUCAAGUUUCGAAGAAAAAGAGGAACAGUUUAGAGAACAGGUUCAACAACUUAGGCAGAGAUUUUCAAACUCAAUUGCACCAGGAGGUCUUGCAGGUGAUAGAAGAGGAGUAGUUCCUGCUUCAGGUUUUUUGUUUAGUUCACAACAGAUUUGGAAAGUUAUCCGAGAGAACAAGGAUCUUGAUCUUCCUGCUCACAAGGUAAUGGUUGCUACAGUUCGGUGUGAUGAAAUUGCAAAUGAGAAGUUUGGCUGCAUAAUGUCGGACACAGAAUGGCUAGAUUUGGAGAGUGCUGUCCAAUCUGGUCCAGUACCUGGUUUUGGGAAAAAGCUUGGCUAUAUCGUGGAUGUUCACUUGCAAGAGUAUGACAAAGAAGCUGUCUAUUUUGAUGAAGCUGUUAGGAAAGGAAAACGACAACAUUUGGAGUCCAGAAUAAUGAAUCUUGUCCAACCUGCAUUCCAGAAAAUGUUGACUCAUCUGCGCAUGAAGGCUCUAGAAAAAUUUAAAGCUGGUCUUAUUUCAUCUUUGGAGAACGGAAAAGGUUUUGCGGCAUCUGUUCGAGACAAUACUGAAUGCUCCAUCAAAGAAUUUGAACAAGGCUGUGCAGAUGCUGUAAUCAAGCAGGCAAACUGGGACUGCUCUAAAAUACUAGAGAAAGUCCGCCGUGAUAUUGAAGACCAUGCACUUUCAAUUCGUGAAAGCAAGCUAUCAGAAUUGACAACCCAUGCUAAGGAGAAACUAAGAAAAGCUCUUGCUGAACCUGUGGAGUCUCUUUUUGAUGCAGCAGACCAAACAACCUGGGCAUCAAUAAGAAACGUUUACAGACGUGAGACGGAGUCCAUCCUACCAGAGUUUCUGAAGACCCUUUGUGGGUUCGAAAUGGAAUACGCGCCAGCAGAAGAAAUGGUAUCAAAAUUAAGGGAUUAUGCCCGGAGUGUUGUGGAAAGUAAAGCUAAAGAUGAAGCUAGCAAAGUAUUGAUCCAUAUGAAGGAGAGGUUCACAACAGUGUUUAGCCAUGACAAGGAUUCAAUUCCAAGGGUCUGGUCAGGAAAGGAAGAUGUCCGGGCAAUAGCAAAGGAGGCUCGAUCUGCGGCUCUCAAACUUCUGUCUGUAAUGGUGGGCAUUCGCUGGGAUGACGAGCCAGAUGGGAUCGAAAGCAUCCUCACUUCAACACUUCUGGAAGGCUCUGUUGUAUCAAAGAUUGCAAGUGCUGCUUCUGCCGAUCCACUUGCUUCUACUACUUGGAAAGAGAUUCCUCCAAAGCAGACGAUGAUUACUCCUUCUCAGUGCAAGUCACUGUGGAAGCAGUUUAAAGCAGAAACUGAGUUUACCAUUACACAAGCAGUAUCCACACAGCAAGCUCACAGGCGCGGUAAUAGUAAACUGCCUCCUCCUUGGGCAAUUGUUGCCAUCGCUAUUCUUGGUUUCAAUGAGAUCAUGGUGCUUCUGAGGAAUCCCAUUUAUCUGUUCUUGCUAUUUGUGGGCUACUUGAUAUUCAAAGCAUUGGCGGUGCAGCUAGAUGUCAGCAGAGAAUUCCAAAAUGGGGUGGUUCCUGGGAUCAUCUCUGUGUCGGCGAAGCUCCUGCCGACGAUACAGAACCUGGUGAACAAAGUGGCAGCGGAGCAGCAACCGGAGCACCAUCACCCUCCGCCCAUAGAACCCCCACAGCCGCAGAUGCAGCCGCCGCCGCUGCUCCUGAGCCCAAGGAGCCCCAUGAGCGAGCUGAGAAGGAUGCACAUGCCGCCGCUGAGCCCGCGCAAGGUAGCCUCGCCGUCACCAUCCUCAUCGUCGUCCUCCGCCGUAUCGUCUCCUAGGCACGUCGCCGAGGACCAGAAGCCAAGGACGGUGGUGGCAGGGCACGAGAACGAGCCCAACAUCGCUGACUCCAUAGUAUGAUACUAGAUGGUAUGGGCAUUUUUGUUGUCCCCCAUUUCUAUGCAUAUUGUAGUCCUGAUCAGAGUAAACAUCACUCUUCAGUAAGCAUCAGAGAGAGGAGAGAAAUAAUGUAGCUGCUUUCCCUUGCGAAGUUGCCAUUGUUUUGCAAGGAGGGAUGAUCUGUAGAUGGACAAUUGCUACCUGACACAUUCUUGAGCAUGUAUAGAAGCAAAUAUAGAUGGCCUAUUCAAAAAUGGAAAAAAAACCUAGGAUGUUUUCAAUGUACGUGGUAAAAAGGACCUUUUGAUCCA